UGUCGAUAAAAGACGAACGGGAGCGGUGAUCGAAUCGUUCGUAUUUUCUACCUUCGACUAGAUUCUUCGACACGCACAAUGAUCGCUCAAAGUCGCCUGCUCUUGUUGCUCGUCGCGUCCUCUUUGGUCGCUGUGGGUUACGCGCAUCCCGACCUCCAAGUGUACGAUGGCGGCAAUGGAAGGGUAUCGGUGAAGAUCAACGAGAUGUUCGACGAGAUGGUGCCCACGCUUCAAGAAAUUAUCUUGAAAGACUCGUUGGACCCACUGCCGAUGGCCGAUUACUCGAAGCAGCUGAGUGGGAUCCUGGGUCUCAAAGGAUCUCUCAGCAUGACGAAUGGUCAGUUGGUAGGACUGUCGACGAUAACUCGCGGCGACGACAUCAUUCUGUCGUACGACAAGAAGACUCUGACGAUAGACAUCUCUUUGAAAUUCGAUAUCCUCGACCUGCAAUACGACUACUAUCUCAAAUACGCAAUCAUAUCGAGAAAGGGAAGCUUCGACGGUCGCUUCACGACCAUGAAAAUGCGUACAAUAGUAUCGGUGGACUUCGACAGCUAUAAAAUCGCUCUCGAUUCGGUCAAGAUUACAGCUAUCCAGAAACUGGACGUUAAUCUCGAGGGCCACGCGUUCGACAAGGUGGUAAACGCUGUAAUGAAAGUUCUUGUGGACGUAUUUAAGAAGGAUGUCGUGAACACGAUCGAAACACGAUGCGCGGCGACUUUCGAAAAGGCUCUGGGUAAAAUCAAUGGACUGCUACCGAAACCCGACGGUCAACUCGCAAGAUACAUCGAAUACGACUUUUUGAAAAACGUUCCAACUACGUUCACCUACACCCUUAUUUAAAAAACUGCAACUGUCUUUUAAUCGGGAAUUGGAAACUGUUAUAACAUGGAGUUGAAUUCUUAUAAAACUUUUUUUAAUUUACUAACCUUGCUAAACGAUAUUAAACAUCUUACACAGAAAACAGAGAAUCAUUGAUCCACUGUAAAGCGUAAAAGUUACUAAUAAAGAAUCGAAUCCUCGAAUGAAAA